AUGGCCGGCAACAACAACAACAACAGUGCCAUCGUCCCAACUCCCGAUCCUUUCCACCUUCAUGAUUUGAUCGAGGAGUCCACUGCCGGGCUGUCAACCCGACACCGGCGAGAGGGACGACAGCACACUGCUGAGGGGCAAGGAAGGUCAGGCCACGAAACCUCCCAAACCCCAAGACGACCACAGCCUCAGCAUGUCGAGCAAGCUCAAAAUAAUGGAGACGAGCAAGCUCAGAACCACCGAACUGAGCAGCUCCUACCCCAGAACGAUGAAGACGAGCAUGCUCAGAAUAACCGGACCGAGCAGCCCCAACAUCAGACCGGGCGUCAACUGACUCGGGUCCAUCAUGAGGCUGACCACAGGGACGGGCAAACCGCCUCCUCCUCCACCCGUUCACUCGAGAGACCAAGGACUCAACACGAGCAGCACCGGGAUGCAAUAGAUGCUCGUGGGGGAACUGACUCCACGGCCCUCAUCCUCCUCAAAGAGCUACAGAGGACCAACCGCCUCAUCCGCCUUCAGAGCGAAUGGAUCGAGAGGCUAGAAAAGAGGCGGCGCCAUCGCUCUCCCCCGCGGAGACGCCAUCGAUCACGCUCCUCCUCCUCGCGCUCCCCACCAAGGAGGACCCGUCGACGCUCCCCGUCUUCUUCGCGGUCUCCACCCAAAAGGUCCCGCCGCCAGUGA